CGCAGCUAAACAGCGCCGUGUGUGGUGGCUGGAACCCGUGGCGGGACAGAAGUGAGAUGACCUCAAUCCUGCGAAGCCCUCAGGCUCUCCAGCUCACUCUAGCCCUGAUCAAGCCUGAUGCAGUCGCUCACCCACUGAUUCUGGAGGCUGUUCAUCAGCAGAUUCUGAGCAACAAGUUCCUUAUUGUACGAAUGAGAGAACUGCUGUGGAGAAAAGAAGAUUGCCAGAGGUUUUACCAAGAGCAUGAAGGGCGUUUUUUCUAUCAGCGGCUGGUAGAGUUCAUGGCCAGACUGGAUGGCCAGAUUUCUUCAUGUGCUCCUUGUGUUCACAGUGGGCCAAUCCGAGCCUACAUCCUCGCCCACAAGGAUGCCAUCCAGCUCUGGAGGACACUGAUGGGACCUACCAGAGUGUUUCGAGCACGCCACAUGGCCCCAGAUUCAAUUCGUGGGAGUUUUGGCCUCACUGACACCCGCAACACCACCCAUGGCUCAGACUCUGUGGUUUCAGCCAGCAGAGAGAUUGCAGCUUUCUUUCCUGACUUCAGUGAACAGCGCUGGUAUGAGGAGGAGGAGCCCCAGCUGCGCUGUGGCCCUGUGUGCUACAGUCCAGAGGGAGGCAUCCAUCAUGCAGCUGGGUCAGGAGACCCCGGACCAGCCUGAUGCAGGCCUGUCAGUCUGUGAAGACCAGUGGCAAUGCCCAGACUUUUCUCCUAGACCUCUGGUCCAAAGCAUUCUCCUAGGACCAGGGAAGCCUCGGGUGCCAUCUCUGCUGGGUACCACCACCUGCCUGAGGGCCUAGCUCUUCACUGCACACCCUCCAGAAUCUAGCUCUCUAUCUACCUCUUCUCUGGAAUGUUGAUGGUGAUUCAGAAGAGUGAUGACUCCUCUUUUUGGUGAGAACCAUUCAUCCUUCUUCAAGGAGAAGCUUGCCUAAUUGACUUGCCUGAAAAAUGCAUUGACUCUAUAUAAGCAACAUUUGGCCUUUCUUUCUCAAUAAAAAUCUAUGUUCU